AUGGGGAGCGAGAAUGUACCGGUGGUGUGUGCAGCACAGGACCGAGCAACCACUUGGCCCAUCACCCGUACUGCGACUCUCCUAGUCCGACCUUACGAUCAUGGCCUACCGAUAGUCGCGUUCUCUGCCAGCGCUUUUGGAACAAUGUCGACCAAUCUCCAGGAUUACGUCGAGCUCCUGACGGCUGAACAACAUGUUCAACUGGAUAAGCUCCGGGAGAGCGCCCGCAACGGUAUCCCUCCCCGCGAAGUUUGGAUGUACCUGCUGGGUGUGCUCUCUGAAGAUAAGACGUCAGAAAUGACGCUCAUGAAGCAGCUGCGGGUCAACUAUGCCGCACUUCCCUCGACAAUGCCGUCCGAACUCACAUCCCUAAUACUUCACACCGCAUUGGCGCAUCACACGAGGAGAUUCGAGAAUCCCACGUAUGAAAGCCUCAUCACCGCGCUUACCGCCGAGACGUCGGCGCCACCGCAAGCCCAAACCCAGACCAUCCAUACCUCGUCGGGUUCGCGGUCCAGUUCUGUGGGGACUAGUUCGUUGACGUCGUCGUCCUUGCUGAACAAUUCGUACGCCUCGUCCUCACCGUAUACGUCGUACUCCAACUCACCUCCAAUGUCUGGGACGAACCCAAUGAACCCUCCGCAUCUGUCUCUCGACGAUGGAACACCGGCAGCCAUGUUUCGGGCCAAAGGUUUCUUAAUUCCAACUCCUUCGGGACCGCCCUCGAGGCAUGGAUAUAUUGCUCUCAUUGAGGAGGUGCUGGGCAAGUACUGGCAUGCUUCUGGGUGCACACCAAAACCUGGGGAUGCCGAGGCGGAGCCACACGGAGAUCGCUCCCCCCGGCCGAACUGGCGACCAGGAGAGGCGCCGGCGCCAGCUGACUGGGUGUACCUCGCAACGCCCUUUGUUUGCUGCUUGGCACGACCAAUCGCCGUGUUUUAUGGGUUCGAGAGGCUCAUGGAUCGUAUGAGUGAGCGCAGCGUAGCUAUUGUUGCUGACUAUUCAGAGGAGUUCCCCCCGUUGCCUUCCCGACUAGGCACAAUGCUCGGACUAUUCCGGCUCGCUUUACCAGAGCUGCAUGCCUACUUCGAGGAUGAGCAGGUGCCCAUGACCCAGGUCGCAAUGUCGUGGAUGACAACACUGCUCAGCCGAGAGAUGUGGCUUGGAGUUGUGCUACGCUUGUGGGGUAACCCUCAGUCUAACGACAGAACGUUGGAAGAGCUAGAUGGAUCAGAGGCCAAGUUGAUGCUGCUGGACUUGCCGCCCAUGGACGUUGACAGGGAUGCUCGCAACUUGAAGGUACAGUACGCUCUGCCCGGCCCAAUCGACGACGAAGACGAAGUAGAUUACGGUUCGAGAACCGGCUAG